UUGGCUCGAAUAGAUUUGCCCAGUUUAAGGCCAAAAGCAAUGUAUGUCAAGCUCGAACCACAAUGACCACCAAGUCUUGUAAAAAUUUCCAUUUCAGUGGAAACAUAGAAAUAGAAUCUCCCAAGAGAAAGCAGAGAGUUUAAACAUCUGAGCCAAAGUCAUGGCACAGAAACACAUCCCUUUUUUUUCUCGGACAGUCACAUUUCAUGACAGAACAUAAAGUUAAAAGAAGGAUUAAAGCACUGUGAUUCCAUUACUCACCGAAUCUCUCUUCUGUCCUUUUUCUUUCUCCUUCCCACCCCCAUUUUCUCUCCUUUCCCAUUUCUUUCUUCUUUUUUCUCGUGAUUCUCCGGACGCAACCCGCAGAUUCAACCCGACAACAAACAAGGUUCUAUCGGGGAUGGAGGCUAAGCUACUGAAGAACCCCACUAUUUACAACUCGCCAAGACUCAGUCUCGCGGCUCAUUCUUCCACACCUGUCUCGUAUCUACCGGGUAUAUCAAGAUUUGGACAACCUGGCGCUCUCCCACUCCGUCUCUCCGCAGUAACACCGAUCCGAUCCUCCAGGAGGGGCCUACGGGUGGAUGAGAGUGAGAGCCUGACACUUGACAGCAUAAGAAACUCUUUGAUUCGUCAAGAGGACAGCAUUAUCUUCAACCUUCUUGAGCGAGCUCAGUAUCGGUACAACCCUGAUACUUAUGACGAGGAUGCUUUUACCAUGGAAGGGUUUCAAGGAUCUUUGGUCGAGUUUAUGAUCAGAGAAACCGAACAGCUUCACGCUAAGGUGGACAGGUACAAAAGUCCAGAUGAACAUCCCUUCUUCCCACAAUGCUUGCCUGAGCCAGUCCUUCCCCCUAUUCAAUACCCACAGGUUCUACAUCAUUGUGCCGAUUUGAUAAACAUCAACAAGAAGGUGUGGAAAAUGUAUUUCAAACAACUUCUUCCCAGACUGGUCAAGCCAGGGGACGAUGGUAACAGUGGUUCAUCUGCUCUCUGUGACACAAUGUGUUUACAGAUACUUUCAAAAAGAAUUCACUACGGUAAGUUUGUUGCUGAGGCCAAGUUUCGUGAAAAUCCAUCUACCUAUGAAACAGCCAUAAGAGAACAAGACCGGACACAGCUGUUGCGACUUCUGACGUAUGAAACGGUUGAAGAAGUAAUCAAGAAAAGAGUUGAGAUCAAAGCUAGAAUUUUCGGUCAAGACAUAACAGUCAACGAUCCAGAAACUGGAGCUACUGACCCUUCCUACAAAAUCAAUCCUAGCUUAGUUGCUAAACUAUAUGGAGAAGGGAUCAUGCCACUCACAAAGGAAGUCCAAAUUGAGUACUUGCUUAGGAGGCUGGAUUGAUGUUUAUCAAGAAGAAGGAACCAUAUCAUUUGUAUUUGAUCUUAAUUUAUAAAACUAUAAUCUGACAUAAGCACGGAAAGUUAGCUAGUUAAGUUGCCUGGGCA